UUCCGUGGUCAACCUAUUACGAGGGUUCUACGACCUAAUUCUAUACCCCAUGUUGUGGGUGGCCGCUAGAAAAAGGCGUCGUUGCCUCCUCUUAUUAUUUAUUGCGAUAAAGUUGACCUUGUUCUGCGCCCUUCUCAUUGGGACCAGCUUGAUAAUGAUUUUCUUCGGUCACGACUACAUCCCCCUCUGUCCCCUCGUUCUUCUCCUUCCGGAAGUCUACUUUCUUUGGGUGGUACUUUGCUACAUGGAGGAGCUCAAGGUUGUCGGCGUCGUAGGAGGUAAUCCACUCCUGAGAUCUGAAGCGCUUCUCGAUAUUUACGAGACAGAGAUGGCUACCAUGGGAUAUUAUGGUCCAGGAACAGUUAUAACGGCGGAUGGAAAGCAUGUAUUUCCAAAUUAUGCAACUCGAGGAGGAGCCGUUCCAUCUGCGACGACGAAUGCGACGUCAUCCUCCGUGCUUUUGGAUAGCACACAUCAAGAUUUUAGUGCAGCGUCGGUCCAAAGUGUGGGGUUGGUCAGGUCGGAACAGAGUGGAGAUUGGGGGGUUUGUACUUCGCCAAUGCCACCACAGCCGAAUAAAGAGACAACGACAACAAGGAAGUAGUGCUAAAUUUUAUGUGCGAAUUUAUACAAUGCGAAAUAAAGGAAUGAUUCGAAAUAUUACAUAAAUAGAGAAGA